UGUCGUGUACAGUUGGUGCUGCUAUGGCAGAUCCUUGUCCUGCUGAAAGGUGUAAACUAUUCGAUGGCAGUUAUGUAUGAACUUUUGCUCGAGAAUGAGGAAGUAUUCACCGAGUGCCAGGAUAACCCUAAAGGAUAUCUCAACAUGGGUGGAUUUUGGGAUUUUUCCGCCUUCAACUUGGAAAUGGUUGAGGAGGGAGUUAUCCUGUCGGGAAACAUAACUUCUGUGUGGAAUGUCCAAUCCACGGAUUACAUUGAGGCUUCUGCCAGCAUAUUUUAUCUCGAUCGUGGCUCUUGGCAACAAACCAUUCUCAAUAUGGUGUCGAGGGACUUCUGCAAGCACAUGUACGAAGAUAACCAGUUAUGGUAUAUGUACUGGACCGAGCACGUGACCAACGAUGUGAGGGACAAAUGUGUCAGCCUGGGAACUACGCAGGUAAUUGAAAAGUAUCUUUUAAAGUUGAAGUUUCCGUUGGAUGUUGCACUACGCUCUGGGCGCUACAAGAUUGUCUUUCAAUUUCAUGCGUCGGAUCGUGCUGGCAAAAAGCGCAAAACCAGUAUAUGCUUUGAAAUUAUAGGCGAAUUUACGAAGUCCCAAUAAAAUGUUGG